CCGUUGAAGGCGAAUUGGUUCUCUGGUUUCCCGUCUGGUACCUUGUACCUCCUGAACCAGUCCACCGUGGCCUCCAAGUAACCUGGCUUCAGCCUCUGGAUGUCACUGAUGUCUGAGGUACACAGGAUAAGGAGACAGCUCCACCAGGCGACAGCGGGGCUACUCUUCCACGACGUCAUAUCCGGUCUCCUUGUGUUGUUGUUCUUCCUGCCUGGCGGAGGGAGUGGGGCUGUGCUGACGGCUGGGAGGACGAGAGGAGCCACAAGAAAGACUUGGGAAGAGAUAAGAGAGAAAGAGAAAAGGCCGUGGGUUACACCGUCCGUCGGGUUAGGCAUCAACCACCUACAGAUUACAACACCGUCUGACCAUUCACUAAACCGGGGGUGAAAUGUCGUCGUCUACCAGUCGUCAGUUUAGCGAGAGCAGGGUCAUUCCGACCAGGACGGUGUUGAUCAACGAUACAACGCAGCUACCUCAUGACUAUUGCACCACCCCAGGAGGCACUUUAUUUUCGACCACUCCGGGAGGGACCCGGAUCAUCUACGACCGUAAGUUCCUGUUGGACAGGCGUAACUCCCCCAUCGCCCAGACCCCCCCGGCUCACCUGCCCAUCAUCCCCGGGGUGACCAGCCUCAAAGUCCUCACCGAGAACGGGAGGAACGAGGUCAACAACCGCAUCAAACCCAACAACAGUCAUGGCAAGACAGCCACCGGUGAGGACGCUCAGUUCGAGAUGGACAUCUAACCACCCCUGAGGAACCUCAACGGAACAACAGAAGAAGGAACUAACCUUGUACCUGUGCUGUGUACCUGUGCACCAGUGGCUUGGCUUGUAGAAACCAAUUUUUGUGAGCCCUCAUGUCAAUCAUGGCAGCCAUCUUCUUUAGCUCUCUGUCUCGCCGUCGCUGGGUGUGAUGUAUGUAAACCAUGCGGAUAAACUAUACCAUAUAAUACGGUGGCUCUGUUUCAAUGUCCAUGCUAGGAUACCACUUACAAUGAAGCAAUGUAUUUGACAUGUUUUCCCCUAAGUGGUAUAGUAGUGGGAUAUUGGAAUGCAGUCUUCAUGUACUGUAGCCAACUCUUCAAUAGUUGUCAAGCCAUACACAGAGGCAUUGGCUACAGUACAAACCAACUGGGCUACCAGGCUAUGGCCAACCCUGAGACCUAAUGGGAGACUGCUGGUCUAUUUGAACAGGUCUCAGGGUUACAACUGGCAUAUUUGUAUGUACUUCAGCCACACAGCAAGAGAAAGGGUCUGAAACCAAGGUAACCAGAGAUAUACUUACCCAUUAACUAAAUGUAGACGCCCAAGUCAAUGCAGUAAUCUAAGAUGUCCAUUCUGUAUGUCUGUACUACCAGAGCACACUGUAAACACAGCCUUCUUUACCACUUCAGACUUUUUAUAAUGGGGCCCAGGAAACUGUGCAACAUGUGCUACUUGUAAUACUUUGUAGAGCAAAGUACCGGCCUUAGAAUCUUCAGUCAGAAGGAUUGAUAUAAACAAAUAGUUUGGUUUAAAUGACUGAAUAUGCUCCAAGGUCUCAUAGCUGCCUGUUUUGUAGUCCGUUAGGUUACCAACAAUUAAAUUAAUAUGGACGAUGUGACAGAUUAGUUUUUUCUUCAGAUUAGCUGAGAAUUUCAUCGUCAUUCCAAGCCUUGAAUUAUCCAUCACCAAUACAAGUCUGACUUUAUGUUGUGUUUUGGUUCUUUCUGGUAAAGGAUUUUAUGAAGAUUGGGCUUUUGGUUUGUGGUGAUGAUUUGAUAGAUUUGCAAAUGGAAGGAGCAACUUAAUUGAUACAUUACUUACAAGAUUACAAGACAAUAGUUAGGUUUAAACAGUCUGAUAUUUGCUGCAUUUGAAUGAACUACGUAAACUGUUGAAGAACACAGAUUUAUUAGAAAAUGAGACAGGAAAAAGUUUAAAAACGUGAAUCGUUUCCAACAAUUUUUCUAUGCAUUUUAUUACAUACAUUACUUCUAUCUUGACAUUGAACUUUUUUCAAUGUCAAAUACCAAAUGGACAUGAAAGGAAGAGCUGAGACCAUUUUUUCAUCAGACAUUGAAACUGUAUUACAGACAUCUCUCGUUUAGGUAAUAGACUACACUUCCACCGUCUUUCUUACCUUAAUCUCUUCUUCUUCUUUCAGUCUACUGUUUUAAGUGUCUCUACCCCAUGCCUUACACAUUACAUACCAAGAUAAAAGGUUGCUACUAAAAUGGAGUUCCUUGUCUACUGAUUCAAAUGACCCUCAACCAGAAAAUAGUUAUAUUUUAAACAGACUUUUAUGUUUGUAUUUAGCACUUGAAAAUAAAUAUUUUUUUAAAUACAUUUUUUAAAACCGUUUUUUUUUAGUUAUUCAGAUCAUGGCCAUUAUUGUUUUGGAUGAUCAUACUGUUACCAUAACUAAAACUGUCAGCAAUUAAACCACGUUUUCAUUCCAUCUCUAGGUCCUCUCUUAUUCAGAUUAUAUAUUUUUAAAAAUGAUUAUAUAUUAAAUGCAAUCAUUGGAUUUGAUUGAAGGAGAGAAACUGUUAUUUGGCUUUCUGAGAAAUUAUAAAAUCCCAGUCUAUUAAUGUGGAAAAUGUUUAUGUGUUAAACAUACAGAGCAAUUGUAUCCAUUUUGAAUUGCACAUGUUUCUGUUGGAUUAGGAUUGUAACUCUUUGUUUUGAAGUAGGCCUGCAGCAAUUGUUUUAUGGGAAACCAGCUUGAGACCAGUUUGGUUCUACACAUGGAGGGCUUUUUACAUUGUAUUUUUUUCGUAAAAAAGAUUUGAAACAAGAAACCCAUCUUCUGUUCCGAUUUGAAAUAACUUUAUUUUCAGAGAAAUGCCAAUGCCAUUGGACACUGUUACAGCAAGAUCAAUAAAGUUCCUUGAAGAUUA